AUCAUCAUCAUUGUCAUAACUUGCCUCUUUCCUGAUGUGGUGAAGAAGGUCCUCUACAGACAUCUGCAGCCCACCAGCACACAGAAGAGUCAGUCUCUAUCACCCCCCCAGGCGCAGACCCUCAGCUGUGUGGAAUCCCUGUGCUGCUACCAACAUGGGCAGAGCGGCUGUUCCCGCCUGGCCCAGCUCAUGGAGCAAAUGACCAGGCAGUGCCAGGCCAGCACCAAUUAUUGCCACACAUCCAGCCGCAGCAACAGGUCUUGGAGCGACACAGAGACCUUGUACGCCAACGAUCACAGCAUCGUGGCGCUGUCACCCAUCGAAGCCACCCACUGCUGACUCCCAGAGCCACACUCUACCAUUUUAUAAACCUAUGUCAGUUUCAACUCGAUGCAUCUGGAUGCAAAGCAGACUUCACCAGGAGCUGUGGCAUCAUCUGAAACCAUAAUCUGAAGCUCUGACUCUGUGCAGCGGAUUGUUCCAUCCAGAGCAGUUCAGGUCUUGGUACAAAGGCUGCAAAGGACGUCAGAUGGACCUGCAGCAUGGAAGGAAAUGAAACAUGAAGUGUCAGCCCAACAUGAAGUAGAACCUGAUGAAGUCCAGCAAGUCCACAUCUUAGAAGCAACAAUGAUCUGGUUCCUGCUGCAAGACCUGCUAAAUAAUCUGGAAACAUCAGCUUCAGACCCUUUAAAAAAAAAAAGACUUGUUUAAGUCUCAAACUGAACUAAUCAGCUCUGAGAUCAGUCAUCUCACAAACUCAUGCAGCUUUUUAUUUUCCAGUACAGUUGCCAAAAUUAGACUUUUUUGCAACUAGCAUUUAAAUGACCUUUCAUGUUGUCGACACAGAAUGGAGGUUCUUGGAAUGUGGACUUUCGCUACAAACCUGAGCUAAUUUCAGGCCUCAUUUCUGCUCAAAGCACUGAAAGCUCACCCAGCUGCUUUAGCCAGGCUGACUAACCUCACUGCAGGACUGAGGUGGUAUGAUGACAACACAAACCAAGACUACAUCAGCAGUACCUUUCAGAGGUGAUGGCUAGCAGCUCAAGUCCAACAACACAGCUUCCCUAAACUCCCAGUCUGAGCCCAUCUUUGAGCUGUUGCACCUUAAUUUCUCAUUCAGACAGAGAGGAAAAACUAGACACCCACCCUCACAGCCCUGUAGCAUCCAGCGGUUCUGCUUUUCCUGCAGACCUGCGCUACUCCUUCCAUACAUUACGUAUUCUCUCUGUCUCUGUUGUUGUACUAAAGACCAAAGGAUUCAGACUGGAAUUUUAAAGUAUUUUUGUGCCUGAGUGUCCAGAAGCUUAUCGUUAAGGAGACUGUUGUAGUUUGUGCUGGUUCCUUGUUCAGACCUCUAUCUCCCCGGUGCAUCGCUCUGAAGUAGGCCGGAGGAGGUUUGUUUAAAAAGCCAUACAUUUUCAAGAAGUUAUAUUAUUAAAAGCAGCGUAUAUAGAAGCUUUUUAAGUCGGUUGUUACUUUGUACUUGUUUUCCUUGAAUGCAUCUUUUUUUUUUUUCUUUCAGUCUGGUUUGCAAAGGCAUCUCAGUCCUGAAGACCAGGAUGUCAGAGUAUUUUGAAGUAAUAAAGGAAAUUAGGGUUGCAAAAUGGACCUAAAGUAAUCAGAUUUUAGAACAUCUGUACAAACUGGAUUUUAGGUAGUUACAUUUCCUAAAAUAUUUUGAGUAUCUGAUCAGAUAAUGGUACCAUCAGUGCAACAAAAAUGGCUUUAAGGACAAGAUGCUUUUCUAAAUCACGACUGACGCAUUUCAACCCAGACAGCAGAAUGUCUCCAUCUUUAGAGAGAAGUUUCAGAUGUAAUUCAGCCUCAGAGAUGGAACGAAAAGCAGAGCAUUUGCACAAGUCGCAUAUCAAAUCAUACUUGUUUUGUCAAAUCAUUGCUUCUGUCACCACUGAAAUCAUCUGAAUCAUUGUUUUGCUGUUAUGUUGUUCUUACCAUGUUUGUUUCUGUCCACCUGUUGAUGUAAUGUGUGUGGGAGUGUUCGUGUUUUAUCGGUAUGGCAGCCAUGUUGGUCGAUUGAAGUACUGUACGGCCACGUGCUUACUGUACUCUUUUAUUCCAAAAACAAGUGUGAAGAGGUAAAAUUAGGAUGUUUUUUAGGAGAACUGUAGCGUAACAUAGAAACUAGCCAAGACAACCGUUUUAAACUUGAUCACAGACAUAGGACACAUCUGUUCGAAGUUUUUUUCCCCCACAGUAAUACACAUGUGGCCUGUUAUUUCUGAUAAUGACAUUGUCUAUUUAUUAUUGCAGUAUAUAUUUUUCUGUCUUAAAUGUUUCUUAAAUUUCAAUAAAUCUGUUUGUGUCCCAUAAACACCAUGAAUGC